CUCCGCCUCCUUACUCUUUGACGUUAACUGACCCCGUCGGUCGACGUCUCGGUCACAGCAUCAUCAGCACUGACGCGACGCUACGUCCAGCCUACGCGGUGAUUAGUCACGCGUCACACUGCGUGAAACUCCGGUGACUGACUAUGGAUACCUCGGUCUCUCCUCGGAUGGACACCGGUUUGAACAACUCGUUGACGGACGGAGAGGAGAACCAGAGUGAAGACAGUCCGUCUCCUGAAUUGCUUAAUCAGGUGUCGGGAGAGUCUCCAGGUGUGACCGUGGUCCAGCUGUAUGACGGUCAGACGGUGCAGGUCCAAGGGGUCAUCCAGGCCCCCCAGACCUCCGUCAUACAGUCACCACACAUCCAGACCGUCCAGAUUGCCACUGUGGCAGAGCUGGAGGAUGACGAGUCAGUCACAGACACUCAGAAGAGACGAGUGCUUCUCUCCAGGCGUCCAUCUUAUCGAAAAAUACUGAAUGAGCUCGCAUCGGAUUCCCCGGCAGUUCCUAAAAUCGAUGAAGAGAGGACUGAGGAGGAUGAGGAUGAGGAUGAUGAUGAUGAGGAGUUGGAGGAGGAGGAGGAGGAGGAGCUGACGGUAUCCAGUGCUGCCUCAGCAACAGUGCCGACCUCCAUCUACCAGACCAGCUCAGGACAAUAUAUUGCGUUCACUCAUGGCGGAGCCGUGCAGUUGACCAGCCCAGGAGUGGAAAGCUUUCAGGGGGCCCAGACUGUGACGGUGGCCAGCUCUAAUGCCACGCAGCUCCUGCAGUGUGCAACUCAACCCGGAGACUCUCCACAGCAGUUCUACAUUCAGGGAGGACAGGUGCUCGUCCAAGCUGCCACAGGAGACAUUCCCGCCUACCAGCUGCGUUCGCCCAACUCGGGCCUGGCUCACAGCAUCGUGAUGGCUGCGUCCCCGGGGACCAUGCAGAACCCCACGCCUCAUCACUCUGAAGACAUCACCCGCAAGAGGGAGGUCCGACUGAUGAAAAACAGGGAGGCGGCUCGGGAGUGCCGCAGGAAAAAGAAGGAGUACGUGAAAUGUCUGGAAAACCGCGUGGCUGUUUUGGAAAACCAAAACAAGACCCUGAUUGAAGAGCUGAAAGCGCUGAAGGACAUUUACUGCCACAAAGCCGAGUAGCGGCGGCCGUUUGUGGUCACGAGCUGCAGACGCUGCCGUUUACAAACUGCUACAGCUAAACGACACAAAAAAAACCAGAAAGAAAAGACUGUGGAACAUAAACAUUGAUGUCUUCGCUCUCUCAGGCCGGGUUCACGCUGAAUAUUCAGAAGUGUCCCGGGGAAUUCAGACAGCUUGAGCUUUGUCAGUUAUCGCCCUUCUUCUUAUCUUGAGCUCUUCGCAUGUGAAGAAGCGUCGCACGCGCUUUUUGCUCGCUGUAGCUUUUGUGCACGCCGACGAAGAGCCAGCCGAAGGAGAGGAACAGGAACAGGAAGAGGAAAUACAGGUGCUUCCUGCCAAACGUAGUGCAGAGAUUAAGAGAGAAAAAUGAGAAAAAGCCCCGGCGGGUCAGUCGGGUUUCUCUGCCUCUGCGGUCAGACGAGGUGCACACACAGCUCCACGCAGAUCCACCAUCAGCUGCAACGAGGCAACUCCACAAAUGUUUACCCGACAACGUCAUCUGCGUCGUUUACGCUUCUGUUCUAUGGCCCACGUCAUGCAUUCCUCCAUGCAAAAAAACCAAAACACUUUGAGCAUUUUUAUCAGUAAAGCCAUUUGGAUCUCAUUGAAUUGUUUUCAGUUUGUAUAGAUGUUUUUUUUUUUGUUUUAGUCAACAAAAAAAAAGGUUUUUCAAGACGCACGUGAGGAACUCAAAAUGGCAGUUUGUGCACAGAGCUGCAAAAACAUGUUUCACGCCAAAGCAGCAGCCGGGGCAUUAUCUGAAUCCCAAGUUAUUAUUCAUCACUACAGUGAGUUGAUUGUAAUAUCUGAGAUGAAAGCACAGAAAGUACCAAAGUAUCUGAAUUUAUAUUCUAUUACAUUGAUUUGAGUAAUUUCACUCCAAAAGUUUAUACAAUAUUCAGCAAAGCAAAUAUAAACUAGGUGGCUAACAUGCGACAAAAAUGAAUUAUGUAUUCUAUACAGAAUAAAAACGUAACUUUUGUAAACAGACAUCUCCAGAUGACUCACUGCUUUACUGUCAUGCAAGAGUCUUCUGCAAAUGAUGGAUAUCCAUUGUGGUAUAAAACUGUAUUUGAUUAUGGCUAGAUAUUAAAAUGCUCUGUUUUAAAGGGUGAUGCCAAUUUCUUUUAUUUUUUAUUUUUAUGUAAAGAUUGUUUUAUUUUAAUGAUAAUAUCUCAUGUUGUGAUGAUGUUUCUGGUGAUUUUUGAAGACUGCUUGCUUUUUGUUUGUCUCUGUAGUUGUUGAGUUUGUUCCACUGAAUAUAUUUUAUUGAAAGGAGAGAGAGAGAGAGAGAGAGAGAGAGAGCACCUCUUAAUCUGACGCUCCAUCUCUUCUGGCCACCAAAGCUCUCUAGGUAUUUAACUAGUGCUUAGCUCGGUGACACCGCGAUGAUUCAUCCUGUGGUCGUCUUGUUGUGUUCACAGAGGAAAUCACCGUCUGCUGAAAUUCUACGAAAAAUGAAAAUAAUGAUAUGUUUUUCUUUGAUGUCAACUGAGUUGAAUUUAUCUGCAUGUAUUAUUUUUGGUUUUUUUUAGCGUAUCAAACAGCUCUUAUCUUUUACCCGGUGUUCUCCUCUCGUUGUACUUCCUCCUUUGAAUUGUAAAAAAAAAAUAAAACUAUUUUUGUUUAUCUAAUAAAAUAUUCAA